CACCCUCCCUGUAGGUGACCUUCACCAAGCGGAAGUUCGGGCUGAUGAAGAAGGCGUACGAGCUGAGCGUGCUCUGCGACUGCGAGAUCGCCCUCAUCAUCUUCAAUCACUCCAACAAGCUGUUCCAGUACGCCAGCACCGACAUGGACAAGGUGCUGCUCAAGUACACCGAGUACAACGAGCCGCACGAGAGCCGGACCAACGCCGACAUCAUCGAGACGUUGCGAAAGAAAGGCUUCAACGGCUGCGACAGCCCCGAGCCGGACGGCGAGGACUCCAUCGACCAGAGCCCCCUCAACGACGACAAGUUCCGCAAGACCAACGAGGACCUGGACAUCCUCUUCAAGCGCUACGGAUCGGCUGUCCCGCCCCCUACUUUCUCCAUGCCCGUCACCGUCCCCGUGUCCAAUCAGAGCGCGCUGCCGUUCAGCAACCCCGGCGGCACCCUGGUAACCACCUCCUUUGUGACAUCGUCGCUCUCGGAUCCCCGCCUCCUGUCGCCACAGCAACCGGCCCUCCAGAGGAACACGGUGUCUCCAGGGUUACCGCAGCGACCGGCCAGCGCAGGUGCACUUUUGGGAGGUGACCUCAACAACUCGAACGGGGGCUGUCCAAGUCCAGUAGCAAACGGGUACAUUAGUGCCAGGGCCUCUCCGGGGCUCCUGUCUGUCUCCAACGGCAACAGCCUGGGGAAAGUAGUUCCGGCCAAGUCUCCGCCCCCUCCCAGCCCUCAGAUGGCCAACAGCCGCAAGCCGGAACUCCGGGUCAUCACCUCACAGAGCGGCAAGAGCCUGAUGCAGCUGACCGACGAGGAGCUGGAGUUGGUGAGCGAGAGUGCUCAGCGGUUGGCCGUCCCUCAGGUGGCGCAGUCGCUCACCACGCCGGUGGUCUCCGUGACGACGCCGAGCCUGCUGACGCAGGGGCUGCCCUUCUCCGCCAUGCCGACCGCCUAUAACACAGACUAUCAGCUGACGAGCGCGGACAUAACGGCGCUCCAGGCUUUCGCGUCGCCGGGCGCCCUGUCGCUAGGCAACGUGUCCUCAUGGCAACCGCAGCAGCAGCAGCAGCAGCAGCAGCAACAGCAGCAGCAGCAGUCUGUUUCCCAGCAACAGUCACAACAGCAACAGCAGCAGCAGCAGCAACAGCAGCAGCUCAGCCUGGCAUCGCUCAGCAACUUGGUCAUGUGGGGGGCGGACAAACAGGAGGUGUCUAACUGCAUCUCCAGUAUCGCAGCCAACCUGAGCAGCAUGACCUCGCAGUCAAACUUUUUCUUGGGCAGGGAGGACUGGCUGAGCCGGCCCGUCGCUCACAUACCUCAUGGUGCCACGCUGACGGUCAGCACCAGCCCCAACGUGAGCAUCAAGUCUGAGCCCGUCUCGCCCAACCGCGACCGCAGCACGCCCUGCCCGUCGUCCUCCUCCGCCGGCGUGCUGACCGCGGCGCCCCAGCAGUACCCCGGGGCCCUGCGGCUGGACCCCGCCCAGGGCCCCGCCCCCACCGGCCGCUCGCCCAUCGACAGCCUGAGCAGCAACGGCAGCUCGUACGAGGGCAGCGACCGCGACGACGGCACCCAGCCCCGCCCGCCCGACUACGGCCACGCCCCCGGGCUCCUCAGACCCGCCGCCGAGAUGGAGCAGGAGGGCGCCAACGUCAAGCGCAUGAGACUGGAGAACUGGGUCACAUAGAGGAGAAGCGCGAAACGCCCUCUCCCCCCCCCCCCCCCACCCCCCCACCGCCCCAAACUGCCCAUCCCUAACCGCCACGCCCCCCUGCCGCCCCCUCCACCCCCACUCCCCACCCUACUCGUCACAAGCACUCGAAAGCUGAGCCACCAAACCAGGGAUCUACCUUUAAAAGGGCGGGGCUAUCGAGGGGGGAGGGAGGGGACAAAUGGAUGGGGGCGGGGCUCAGUAAGUCCUGAAACUGCCUGAGUUUUUUUUUUUUUUGUUUGACUUAGAGCUUUGUGUGUGGGUGUGCAUGCCUGUGUGUGUGUGUGUGUGUGGAUGGGGUACGUGGUGGCUAAAUAGCAGCAUUCUCUGCACCCUCGUAUACGGCUUGAAAGCUCUUUUUUUGUUUGUUUUGCUGUUGCUGGAUUUUUCAGUCGGGUCCGUAUUGUGACAGUUGAAAACUGCAGAAUUUUGUUCGGAGCCUCCCCUUCGGUUCCCCCCGCCCCCACCAUCGCUCUCCGCACCAGCUCAGUGCCAGCUGUCCCGUUUGGACUGGGGGAGCCUCUCACUUUUUGGGAUUUUGGGGGCCGCAGUCGUGCGCUAACCGGUUGGCUCCGUCCUCUUCGCCUGCUGGAUUUGCACGGACUUGGAGCCCUGGGGUCAGAGGUCGCGGGGUCACAGGUCACACAGAGGAAGUUUGGAAAAGGUGAAGAGCGCCCCAUCUCGGAACUUCGCUGGCUUCGGGCAGAAGGGGGUCCCCCUGGUUUUCACCAGUCCACCGGAGCAAAGCCAUCCCAAACCAAACAGCUCACGUAACCCUACAUUUUUACCAAUGCGUUUCCGUGUGCACUGCAUAUGUUGGAAAAAAGAUUGCAAUUAUUGCCACUUUCACAAAUGUCUUUUGCCCGUAUGCUGUAGGCUAUCGUUCAUGUUUUCAUACAGUAUAUGCACAAAUAUUUCACAACUGAAAGCAUCAGUUGGCGUGUUUUUCUAACAUAUGCAGGAAGGUUCAUUUCAACAAAAGUGCAUUCAUUCUGUUACGGAUACAUUAUAUAUGCAUAUAUAUGUAUACAUGUGCGUAUGUAUGACCUUUCAACCUUUUUCUGCUGAAGAUGAGAAAGGUGGAAGCCAAAAAGGGCAGCAAAGCCGGACUCCGGUCUCUUCGGCAUGGAGCCUUUGAGCCUGACGGACUGACCCUUCUUUUCCCAGAAUGCUUUGGGAGUAGACUGUAUGCUGCUGAAAAGCUGUUAUCGAGAUGGGUAUGACACUCCCAAAUGCCAAAUGUCCCAAAUGUCCCAUUCCCCGCAUGGUCAGUGGGGGGGGAGGAGGAAACGGGGGCUCGUCCCUUACAGGACUGAGAGUUUUACUACUCGUGAAGAAAUACGUGUAUUUUACGGUUCAUUUUUCCCCUCUGUGUAAUAAUGAGGUGAUUUCUUUCUACGUUUUCAGGGAAUUUUGGCCUUCUUGGGCACCCGUAUUGUGUAUCGAAAAUCCCAAUCCCUGCGACCAUGGCAACUCAUUUCUCAAGGAGGUGAUCGGAAGUAACGAACGCGUGCUUUUUAAUUCACCGAGCCCGUUACGAUUGGGCCGUUUCAAUUCGUUGUGAGCUCCUGAAUUCUGAAAUCGGGGGAAAUCGGUCAAGGUAAUCGAGCUGUUUUCUCUGGUUAGUUUUUUUUUCCCACCGAAAAUAACGGACGAGUUUGAACUUUAGCGCAUUCGGUGUGAUGUUUUGUAAAGGAAAAUAACCUGUAUAUACACAAUGUUUUUUGAUGUUCUUGUACAGCGUACCUUAGCUCUCGUAUAACCGAAGGGGGUUCUACAAUAGCUUAACCGAAAUCAGAGGAACUGUAUGUGUAUUUAUUUGGCUUCAUACGGCAGUAAAACUAUUCGUUUUUAAAGAAGAAAAUCUGUUCAACAUAGCAGAGACUUUAGACAGUUGGGAUUGUGUAUAUAAAUAUAUUCUCAUAUAUUUUGCUGGAUAUCCCUAAAAAAAUAACAUUGGUGUGUUGAUACUCAGUGGAUCUGUCUAUAUAUUUAUGUAGGCUAUAUGUAAAUGUAAUAUGUUGCGAGCUAGAAUGCUGGAGAGAGCAGCGGCGAUGGCAGGGGAAACAUUUGACUGUUUUAAGUGAUCUUUAAAUCUUUAAUAAUUUUUCCUUGAUGGAGCGCACUUUAAAUUUUCCGGCCUGCAACCCUGUCGAAAAAAAAUUAUUAUUAUUAUUUUUGCUCUUUUUCACAUCAGUGCAUGCCUCUAAGAGAUAUCCCUGUUGCACCCCCCCCCCCUCCCGCCCCCACAACCCUCACGCUACACGGUACAUGCUACACAUACAUUUCUAGGAGGAAAGUUAGGCCAUUACUUCACAAGGCGAGGCUUUACACACAUACACACGCGCGCACACACAUGGUCUAGUCCUUUUUGCAUCUACCUUCAGCAUCCGCUACAGCUGCAGCCGGGCUCAGCCAAUGUGCUCUCGUGUAUGAAGUCACAUGACCCUCGCAUUGUACAGACCUAACAUGGGGGACGGGCCCUGUCGGGGGAAACGAAUGACGCCGCUACCAUUUCAGCCAAUAGUGGAUAAUGUAAGGAUAGGGACAUGGCAAAGCUUACCCUGGAUCAGCGUUCCUUAUGUCAGAUGGUUUAUAAAUACAGGCUGUGUUUUAUUAAUACAGACUGCUUUAUGAAUUCAGGCUGUGCUAUAUGAAUAUGGACUGUAUUUUAUGAAUACAGGUCUGAGCAGCGAGAUGCAGUGUAUGUGAUGUGCCUGGGCACCAGCGCACGAGUCAUCCAGUGUCAUCUGGUGUUCCAGUGUGAUCAGACGUGCGUUUAAGACGGCGACCAUUCGCUAACGUUCGCAAACAUUUUCAAACAUAUUCAGAUUUUUUUCUGUUCGCCACAAAAGGUAGCUAUCGUUACCUAACAGUCUGAAAAGGUAGUGCGUUGCGAACAAAAAUGGCUGCUGACAGGAGGGACACUGAGAGAGCACAUAAGUUGACAAUCAUUUGGCUGUUAUAAUUGACUUUGAUCAAUGUAAUAUUUGUUCUGACCUUUAAAAAAAAUCCCAUGUAAGCAGAAAAUCAGCUGGCUAGCAUUGUUAGACCUAACAUAGCUAGCUUUCCCUUAUGUAAAUGUUGGCCAAGUUGCUUUUUUCCGUUUAGUCGCAUCCACUUUUAUUAAAAAUGCGUUGGUGGCCAACUGAAUGGAAUGUUUAUGUAAAAUCGUUACAGCGGUAACUGUUGGCUGCAAACUUAGUUUGCCACGAACGUUCCUUAUCUUGAACUCACGUUUGGUGUUCCAGUGUCAUCUGGUGGUCCAGGGUUAUGUGGUGUUCCAGAGUGGUCUGGUGUUACUCUCGGAAAGGCAGCAGGAUCUAGAUAGGCUAAAAUCCAGCUGACGAGCAGUCCUGUAGCUUUCUGGCAUCUGAGAAGACAAGUAGAGAUAGGUCAGAACCCCCCCCCCCCCCCAAACACACACAGGCACACAGCUCAAAUGAGCAAGAUCAACUAAUUUGGACAAGUAGUAAGCAUGGCUUCAGUGUUCUAACGGUAGCUUGCUGUGAUUCUGUCUUUGUUCUAUUCAGACACAGGUCUCACGUGGUAAGGUUUUUUGACUUAAGUGUUAUAUAAAGUACAUUUAAACAGCGGCCAGGUCCGUAUUGUUUAUGCAUUAUCAUCUUCAUAUUAAAAAGAUACCUCAGUAGUGACUAGUAAUAAAUCAAUUGAUAUUUGACAUUACAGAAGCUCUUAUUCACUUCUUGUGUAAGACUUGCCGUAUAUUUAGUGAGGAAAGGUGAGACCGAGCCUGCCUACUGUCCAAUCAGAAAAUAUUGGAUGCCAAUGAAAAAAAAAAAAAAAGAGAGAUAUAUAUAUAUAUAUCAUAGCCAAGCUGUAGGUUGUUGCCACAGGCAAUGCCUAUGUCAUCUUGCUUUUCACCAUGCCCACAUCCCAUGUUCUUUCCCCUUCUCUUUUUUGGGGUGUGUAACACUCAACCACCACCAUCCCCAGAAAAUUUUAAAGACCAUUCACUAUUAAUCCUGAUUUGGUUUGGUUUUCAACUGUAAACUUGACCAUUGUGUUGUUUUGUCCUUUAUUCCUUUUGGGCCGUUUUUUUCCGGAAUCUUUGUUAUUCCAACCCUGAAAUUUCUCUUUCUUAUUGUCAGUUUUUGGACGGAUAUAAUGGGAGGCCUUUCCUCAGAAUUGUAAUGGUUUUCUCUUUUGCGCUUUUUAAUGUCGCUUUGGAGGGACGAGGGUUUCACUGUUGACAGCCAGUCCUAGACUGUGACGUCCUCCACCCUCUCUUCCCGGCUUUACACCGACACCGAACCAAGUGCCCAGUGCAGAGUUCGUUCACCAAUAGCAACCCCACUUUCUGUAAACGGACAUUCAGCACUCAGCUUUGGUCGGAGACUCGCGAUUUUAGACGGCUGUGAGCCCUACGAUGCUUUCGAGUAGAUCAACGGCCCAGCGAAUUUUCAGCCCUGUGAAGUGGGUCGGCUUUCGUCGUCCUCCUCUACUUGUGUUCAAUCUGUCGUGGUGAGCUCAGUGGCUGUUUUCAGUGGUGGUAACGUAACUCUGAGCAACACGCUAUCGGUGAAACCGUGCUGUCAACCUACGUCAUUUUUACCAACCGGCAUCAAUGGAGUCCUCUUGCAAUUCUUUCACGCGGCUGGUGAUUUUAAGCCGCAUCUAGAGACGUUGUAACCUAACCGAGAAACAAUCUUGCAAAAAAGAAAAACCCUGCGCCCGUGUUUUUCAGUGUACAAUGAUGUUUUUAGGAUCUCACUCAUUUUAUAGUGUUAAUUUGUGCUGGUGACAGUUCUAUCGUCUGUUUAUUAUUAUCAUCACGAUUAUUAUUAUUAUUAUUAAAGAGAAGCAAUUAUUUUUCUGCCGUUUUGUGUAUGGUAGCCAUCGUAUUUUAUUUGACUUUUUGGUUUUACUAUAUAAAUAUUAUAUAUAAAUAUAUUUUUUCUUUUUGGAUUUUUUUUCUUUUAAGGGGUGUUGCUAAAAUUGCACGGUUUAUUUUUUAAAAAGCGAUUAUCGCAAUAUUAGUAAAUAUAAAGCAAUGGAGGAAAGAGAAGGGGAGGCGUUUAAAACCAAUACCAGUUCAAUGCUGCAAUUUUUAGUCAGACACUUAAACUACAUUUACGAAGUGGGGGAAGAGACACUUUUAAUUUAUUUCUGACCGGAAGACACAAAUAAGACUUCAGUAAUGCAUGCAUGGGAUUUAAACACGCAAAUAAAUAAUACUCAUAGUACAUACAUUUUUUAAAAAGUGCAUAACAAAUAAGAAUACAAACCUCAAGAAAAAUGUAGCUGAAGAAAAAGUUUAAAAGAAGAAAAAUGAUAGCUAAUAUAUUGUGUUCGGCUAGUCUGCUUUGAGUUUUUGUUGUAAAGAAAAUUUAAGAUGUUUUUUCUGUUGUUUUUGGAGAAUGAUAUACAAUUUGUGUAUAUUUUCAUAAACAAAGUAUGCACUGAUAUGUUAUUAAAAUUCUAUACUGCUUUUACAAAAAAAAGUGUUUGUUAUUGUACCAAAGUAUCCAUUUGUCCCUGGAGACCUCCCCUUUUGCGUAUGUUUUACCGUAUUUUAUAUAUUAAAUAGACAAGUUGACCUAAAAAAA